AUGGAAGACAGCCCUAUGUCGGGCCUCCCAGGCCCAAUUCCACCGGAUAGGGGCCCUGAAUCCAGCCCGAAUGAAGUUCUAACCGCUAAAUUACAGGCGCAAGACCUGCAAUUAAAAGCGUUAACUACGCAAUUGGAUCAACUUCAGCACACAAUUCAACAGUUAACAUCUCUGUUGACGCUGAAAAAUGGUGAACCCACUAGUUUUAGUGGUAUUGCGGGUAUUAAUACCCCCAAUAGCGGUAAUCUGGAGGCCAACCCACAGAUUUUUAGCGCUAAUACCGCUACCGCACCACCUAAUCCACCCGGUAACCUAAUUCUAGGUGACGGGAUAGAAUCCAUUGCAUGGCAUUCCAGCCCUGUAACGGCCUAUAAGACCCUGGAAGAUAGCUAUUCCGUUGCACCCGAGAUUAGCAGAGACUCGCUAUAUCGGGAAUUUCACGCCCUAAAUUUUUCGAAAUUUAGAGGGUCAAUACCAGAAUUUAACAGCCGUUUUAAUUCCCUGGUAGCUAGAUUAGCGAAUGCCAACGUGCAAAUUAGCCCUAUCGAUGUACGAAAUCAAUACCUACGGGCCCUGGAGGGGACGUUCCCUACCUGGACCGAACGCCAACGCAGUACCCAACGGGCCCUGCAGGCUAUAGGCCAAAAUUCGGAUCGAUUAAAUUUGCAAUACCUUAUGGCGGACCUUAUA